AUGAAUUGGCUCAGCUUCCUCGUCCUGCUCACCGUGGCCGGGCUGGCGCAGGGGACAUGGGACAACUGUGGAGGGACCUGCGGGCUCCGGGCUCCACUACCUGUCUACAGCCCCAUAACUUAUUCCUACGGCAGUGUGGCUUAUGACUAUGGCUUGACACGCAUCGUGGGAGGCACAGGUGCCAUGGAAGCAUCCUGGCCCUGGAUCGUCAGCAUCCAGCACCCCUGGUUACCAGACCUGGGGCAUUUCUGUGGAGGGUCUCUCAUCAGCACAGAGUGGGUCCUCACAGCAGCUCACUGCUUCGAUGUGUUUAACAACAUUAGCAUGCUGUAUGUGGUGAUUGGAGCCACCCAGUUGACUCAGCCGGGCCCUGGGGCCGUAGUGCGCAGUGUCAAGCAGGUGCUGAUACACCCGUACUACAAUCCUGAUGACAUGAGCUAUGAUAUUGCCGUGAUGGAAUUGGACCAUCCUGUCCAGUGCAGCCCCUACAUCCAGCUGGCCUGUGUGGCUCAUCCCACCCUAAAAGUGUCAGAGCUGCAAAACUGCUGGAUUGCUGGAUGGGGAGCUGUGACUGCAAGAUCUCAAGAUUCAAGUGAUCGCCUCCAGGAAGCCAAGGUCCAGCUCAUCGAUGUCCAGCUCUGCAACAGCAGUGAGUGGUAUGCAGGGAAAAUCCACACCCACAACUUGUGUGCUGGUUACCCAGAGGGCAACAUCGACACCUGCCAGGGUGACAGCGGUGGUCCUCUCAUGUGCCAGGACAAGAAUGCUGACUACUGGUGGGUUGUUGGAAUAACCAGCUUUGGAAAAGGCUGCGCCAGGGCAAAGCGGCCCGGAGUGUACACCUCCACUCAGUACUUCUAUGACUGGAUCGAGUACAAUAUGCGUCCACAGACAGUUGAAAGUGUUUCUUGA